AGGAGUACAGGAAGUAGGGUCCUCGUGCAGUAGGAGAAAAGUCGUGUAUGUCGUCGUCGUCGUUGUGUGUCUGUAUCGUUCCGUGACUCCAAAACAGUCGGUAAAUAAGGUGGAAAAAAUGGCAGACACGCUAACACUUUUCACUUCGAUUGGGCUCAGUGAACAGAAGGCCAAAGAAACACUUAAAAACGAAGCGCUGAGCUGUAUCCUUAAGGACGCUAUCAAUCAGGCCCAGCAUAUCCAUGGAGCAUCUGGAGUGGACAAAGCCAUGGGUACAUUGCUGUACAGUAUGGCAUGUCGCCUUAAAGACACCAAGCGCCUUGCAUUCCUUUCAGACUGUAUAGCCCAGCGCAAAAUCUGCACAGACCUGCAGCUAGGAGCUGCAUUGGACUUUUUAAAGACUCAUCCUCACGACCCCAUCAACCAGAAUGAGUUUGAAGAUGCAUGUGGAGUGGGUGUGGUUGUAAUGCCAGAGCAGAUUGAAGUUGCAGUGGAGUCCGUCAUCACAAAGCAUAAAGAACAGCUCUUAAUGGAGCGAUACCAUUUUAACAUGGGAAUGUUAAUGGGAGAGGUGCGUGCAGCUCUAAAAUGGGCUGAUGGAAAAGCAGUCAAGCAUGAGGUGGAUGUGCAGGUCCUGCAUCUCCUGGGACCCAAAACAGAAGCUGAAAUGGAGAAGAAGACUAAGCCCCAGAAAGCCAAAGCCACAGAGUAUGGAGAGAAGGCAAAGAAAGAGGACGUAGCAAUGAAUGGUGAGGUGCUCACUGGGGAAAAGUCAUUAAUGGAGCAGCUUAGAGGGGAGGCACUGAAGUUCCAUCAGCCAGGAGAAAACUACAAAACAGAAGGUUAUGUGGUUACGCCAAACACCAUGAAUCUGCUUAAAAAGCACCUGGAAAUCACUGGUGGACAGAUACGUACACGGUUUCCUCCUGAGCCCAAUGGUAUCCUUCACAUCGGACAUGCCAAAGCCAUCAACUUCAACUUUGGUUAUGCAAAGGCCAACAAAGGAAUUUGUUUCUUGAGGUACGAUGACACGAAUCCAGAGAAAGAGGAAGAAAAAUACUUCACUGCUAUCAAGGACAUGGUUGAGUGGCUUGGGUAUGAGCCGUACGCCAUCACACAUGCAUCAGACAACUUUCAGCAACUGUAUGACCUGGCUGUGGAUCUUAUUCGCAGAGGCCAUGCAUAUGUGUGCCACCAAAAGGGGGAGGAACUGAAGGGCUAUAAUGCUCCUCCAUCGCCAUGGAGAGACCGUCCCACUGAGGAAUCACUGGUCUUGUUUGAGAGGAUGAAGAAGGGCAUGUUUGCUGAAGGAGAGGCGACACUCAGAAUGAAGAUGGUCAUGGAAGAUGGGAAGAUGGAUCCUGUGGCUUAUCGAAUCAAAUACACGCCGCAUCAUCGAACAGGAGAUGAAUGGUGCAUCUACCCCACCUAUGACUACACCCACUGUCUGUGUGACUCUAUUGAAAAUAUCACACAUUCACUGUGUACUAAGGAGUUUCAGGCUAGGCGAUCGUCAUAUUACUGGCUGUGUAAUGCUUUGGAUGUGUACUGCCCUGUACAGUGGGAGUAUGGACGCUUGAACCUCACGUACACUGUUGUCUCUAAAAGAAAAAUCAUCAAAUUAGUCGAGAAUGGCAUCGUCAGAGACUGGGAUGACCCCCGACUCUUCACUUUGACUGCACUGCGGAGAAGAGGUUUUCCCCCAGAUGCAAUUAACAACUUUUGCGCACGGGUAGGAGUGACUGUCUCCCAGACAACAAUGGAGCCCCACCUGCUGGAGGCAUGUGUGAGGGAAGUAUUGAAUGAAACUGCACCACGAGCCAUGGCUAUACUAGAACCUCUCAAAGUGACCAUAACAAAUCUUCCUGAGAACACACAGGUUACAGAGGUUCGAGUACCAGACUUUCCUGCAAAUGAGGCCAAAGGAAGCCAUACUGUUCCAUUUACACGGACUGUCUUCAUUGAACAGAGUGACUUCAGAGAGGUAAUGGAAAAGGGCUACAAGCGUCUUACCCCAGAACAGCCUGUUGGACUAAGGCAUGCUGGGUAUGUCAUCUCUGUACAGAAGAUCAUCAAGGAUCCUCAGGGUAAAGUGAUUGAGUUAGAGGUGACCUGCUGCAGUUCUGAGAAUGCAGAGAGGCCAAAGGCCUUCAUCCACUGGGUCAGCCAGCCGAUGGUGUGUGAAAUUCGCCUCUAUGAAAGACUAUUCCUCCACAAACAUCCAGAGGAUCUGUCUGAUGUUCCUAAUGGCUUUCUGAGUGACAUAAACCCUACUUCUCUGCAGGUGAUCAGUAGUGCCUUAAUUGAUACCUCAGUAAAAGGAGCUAAAACUUUUGAUAAAUUCCAGUUUGAAAGAGUUGGUUACUUCUCCCUGGACCCAGACAGCACAGCAUACAAGCUGGUCUUCAACAGAACAGUUACCCUCAAAGAGGAUCCUGGGAAGAUCUGAUUGACUGACAUCAAGUCACAUUUCCUGUGAGCCCACGGACAUGUGUGCAGUGUACUUGUUUGCAUCACUUAAAGUGUAAUAUCAGCGAAGAUGCAGACUGCUUAAGAUGACAGAUUGAGCCAAAUCAAGUACUGUAAUAUUUACUAACUGCAGUCUGUAUGGCUAUAAAAUUUCAGAAAAAAAAGUUGGGAGAAAAAAAUCCAGUUUACUGUGAAUUCUUCAUGGCAGAAGUAGUUACUGUAUUAUCAGGGUGAAUACUCUCAAGCUUAUGGCUAGUCUGUCACAAAAGUAGUUUUGAAAUGCCCUCCAGUAUCUUCAGUAACAAAACUUUACAAUUUGCAGAUUUGCUAUCAGAAAUAUGCAUACACUCAUCAUGGACAUUAUUGCCAUUAUUGGGCUUCCAUUGAUUUCUUUGGAUUGUUCUUUUACUGGGGAAGAAUAACUAUAUGAAACAAAUCAUGAAAAAAAUCAUAGAAAAGUUAAAAUACUUUAUGUUGGGUCUUCUGAAAUCAACAGGGGUGUCAAGAUUACACAUACAGGCUCCAAACGAUACAUACAGCCUACCUAACAUUUGGUUGACUGUCACUUUACCAAGUUUCACCUUGACCUGACACACUCAUGGUAAAUACUGACAAGCAGAAUUCUGCUUGGAUAUUUGAUCAUUGUUCUUGCGAGAAAUGGCAAAGUUCAGUUAAAUUUGUUUGGUUCCUGACAUGAACCCAACUUUUAAGCACAGUCCAGAUAUUAUAGAGGUUGAGGUUAGAACUAUGGGGUUUGUCAUCCUUAUGCUAAGCUUAUGAUGCGCUGGAGUUGUCCUUUUGAAAGACCUGACUGUGUCUGUGUUUUAACCAUCUAACUGAUGAUUUAAGAUUUUUAAAAAAUUCUGAGAUGGUCUUUCCUCAUUAUUUCAUCCACUUUGUGCAAUGCACAAAUUCCAUCGACAGGAAGACAGCCACAGAGCAUGAUACCACCAUAUCCAUGUUUAAAUGAUGGCACAAGGUUAUUGGUGUGGUCAGCUGCAAACUUCAGUUGAUUUUGGAGCAGGGCCUUCUUUCUUGGACAGCAUCCUCUCAGUCCAUGGCAGUGUACAUAACACAUGCCGUUCCUGCCCUACAUGUCCCCCCCAAUGUAUGUCUGCUGUAGUUACAACUGAUUAAUCAAGCUUGCUGUUUUAUAACUAUAGAUUAGUAGUGCACACUUAAUUUAGAUAAUUUGCAGUGGGUAGAGCACAGAGAGUGAAAAACAUGCAGGGCAGGUGAUCUCCACAAACAGAAUCUAUGACCCCUGUUGUAGAUGGGUUCAUUGGUGUUCCAAUAGCUUCCAUGUCAUGGCAGGCAUGUAUUUUGGUGGUUCCUCGGUUGUUCCUCUCGACAUUGUCUGUGACAGUUUGUCUUCUUCCAGACCUUGUCAAAGUCCCUUCAUCUCUGAAUAACUUGUACUUAUGUACAGUAUGUAGAGUGUUUGAACUGAUGAUCUUGGAAUCUGCAGCUAUUAGAAAUGGCUACAAGAGACACUCCUCACAUGUAAACUACAAUCCUCCGCCUCAGAUCUGCAUGGAGCUCCUUAGGCUUUCUCAGUGUAAUGUGUAUUGGUCAGUCCAGUGACUGCUGACAGACCUUUAUUAUUUUGGUACAGACAAGCUACCAGAUUUAGUCAAUCAAAUCUGGAUUGUUAACAAGAAGUUGAAAUAUUGUGGAACUUUAAAACCCAUUGGAAUAAUGAUCUGAAGUGGCUGUCUGCAUAUUUUUGACUAUGUAUGUAUACUUUUGAUCCUGUAUUAAUUUCAGAAAACCCAGAAAGCAUUAAAAAUGGGCACCAAAUUCUUGUUCUUUUCUAUUAAAGAUGUGUGUUGUACAAUUAGUAUGGCCCAUUUAAAAAGAGUAUUUCAAAGAAAUGUUCAAAAGCUUAAUGUUACUUUGAGAUUCAUGUCAGUGAUGAGUGUAUGGAAACCUCUGACCACAACAGGGCUGUUGAUUUUAUAAUUGAUUCAUUAGCUCUACGUGGGUGUUACACAGUGGAGAUGCUUUCAAAUGCUGUAUAUGAAUUUCUUACAAAUGAGGAGGCCUCUGCCAAUUUUUCUUCUUUUUUUUUUAAGUCUCAAAAGUAUGUACAUGUCAUUUUGGAAGCAAACACAAUAAAUGAUACUUGAACAGA